GUCAGGACAUUAAUAACAUGACAAAUUACUAUUACAAAAUGUUCAGAACUUCUUAAACUACUUCAGAGAGUUCUCAUCAAAAAAUCCUCCAUGUGCAGCAAUGACAGCUUUGCAGAUCUUUGGCAUUCUAUCUGUCAUUUUGUCCAGAUACUCGGAUGACAUUUCACCCCACACUUUCUGUAGCACUUGUUGGGCACUUCUCACGCACCUUACAGUCUAGCUGAUCCCACAAAAGCUCACUCGGGUUAAGAUCCAUAACACUCUUUUGCAAUUAUCUGUUGUCCAAUGUCUGUGUUUCUUUUCCCACUCUAACCUUUUCUUUUUGUUUUUCUGUUUCAAAAGUGGCUUUUUCUUUGCAAUUCUUCCCAUAAGGCCUGCACCCCUGAGUCUUCUCUUUACUGUUGUACAUGAAACUGGUGUUGAGCAGGUAGAAUUCAAUGAAGCUGUCAGCUGAGGACAUGUGAGGCGUCUAUUUCUCAAACUAGAGACUCUGAUGUACUUAUCCUCUUGUUUAGUUGUACAUCUGGCCUUCCACAUCUCUUUCUGUCCUUGUUAGAGCCAGUUGUCCUUUGUCUUUGAAGACUGUAGUGUACACCUUUGUAUGAAAUCUUCAGUUUUUUGGCAAUUUCAAGCAUUGUAAAGCCUUCAUUCCUCAAAACAAUGAAUGAUUAACGAGUUUCUAGAGAAAUCUGUUUCUUUUUUGCCAUUUUUGACCUAAUAUUGACCUUAAGACAUGCCAGUCUAUUGCAUACUGUGACAACUCAAAAACAAACACAAAGACAAUGUUAAGCUUCAUUUAACGAAUCAAAUAGCAUUCAGUAGUGUUUGAUAUAAUGGCAAGUGAUUUUCCAGUACCCAAUUAGCAAUUUAGCUCUUACUUUCUGCUUAUUUAAAUCAAAUAUUUAAAUAAUAUAUUAGAGAGAGAGAGAGAGAUACUGUAUACACUACCCUGGCCAAAAUAAAAAUAAAAAAUAGCUGUUUUGAUUUAAAUAAGCAGAUACUUAAGAGAUUAUGAUUGGAUCAGUAAUGCAGUGAUUAAUAUGUUUCAAUUAUUUUAACCCUAAAGAUGUUACUGUGUUUCAGAAAGGGCAAAUUAUUGGCCUGCAUCAAGCAAAAAAAAACAAAACUAAGGAGAUUGCUGAAAUCACUGGAAUUGGGUUAGGAACUGUCCAAUGUGCAACGCAUUAUUAAAACCUGGAAGGAUAGUGGUGAACCAUCAGCUUCGUAGAAGAAAUGUGGUCGGAAAAAAAUCUUGAAUGAUCGUGAUCAGAGAUCAUUAAAACGCUUGAAGUCACAUUGUAAAAAAUCGCCAGUAGAACUCACGGCUAUGUUUAAUAGUGGUUUGUGAGAUGACGUUAAUGGAGGGUGUGAGAGUUCUACCGCUGGACACCAUGGACCUGGACACACAGCACUGUCGCAUGGGCCCUUCUCUGAUGAUCAGGUUAAAACUACGGCUGGGCUCUCCAGUUCUGAUCAGGGUUCAUCAGGGGACGUGUCUCUGCACCGCAUGGCCACGUCAAGACCUCAUAGAGGGUUACCUGCAGUUUAGCACUCAGUGUGCAACACCAGUCCUCAGUACAAAAACACUUAACGGACUCAUGGUUGAUUCAGCACAAAUAAAACCUUUAACCUGCCCCAAACUCACCUGCCUGAGGGGGAAAGUGUUCGUGCAAAGUCUAGAAUACAAGAGAGAUGUUUCCGAACGGAGCAUUCAGGAGCUGCUGAAGGAACUGCUAAAUGGUCUUUAUGUUCACGAGGGUCAUUUAGUGGAACUUUCUCAUGCUAAAACUGAGAUCAGGUUUGUGCUGGUUGAAAAGGUGAACUCAGGCUCACAUACCGCUGGUCUGGUUACAGGUAAAACCCAUGUGGACAUCAGUGUGGUGCAGACCGUUAAACACUACCAGAGUCAGCAACAGAUGUUGUUGCUCACUUUGGGCGGUGUGGAGGAUGUUUGCGCAUCACUAAAGGAAAUAAUCACAUUCCCUUUGCGUUACCCGCAGGCGCUGGGGCAGCUGGGACUGUCAUGCCCACGGGGGGUGCUGUUGAUCGGACCACCCGGCGUUGGUAAGACCUUGCUGGUGCGCUACAUGGCUAAGGACAUUGGGGCCACCUUAGUGACCGUAAAUGGUCCUGAAGUGAUUGGUUCAAGACCCGGUGAGAGUGAGGAAAACCUGCGGCGGAUGUUUGAUCAGGCGCGGGAUGCAGCGGAGGAGGGUCCAUGCAUUCUGCUCAUUGAUGAGAUUGAUUCUUUGUGUCCGAGGCGAACAGGGAGCAGCAGUGCACCAGAGAACCGGCUGGUCGCUCAGCUGCUAACACUGAUGGAUGCCAUCGGUAGCGAUGAAGGUUUCGUCAUUAUUGGAGCUACAAACCAACCGGACACUCUUGACCCGGCGCUCAGGAGACCCGGGCGCUUCGACAGAGAGGUGAUCAUGGGCGUUCCUUCGUUGCUGCAGAGGCGCAGUAUUUUGCAGUGUGUAUGUCGAGAAAUGCCGCUCUCCCCUGAUGUAGAUCUGAGCGCUGUCGCUGAAAUGACUUGUGGUUACGUUGGGGCGGAUCUUAGUGCGCUCAGCAGGGAGGCAGCGCUGCAAGCCAUGCAACAUUCACAGGAAGGAGCAUGCGAGUGUGUAGAGAUGCAGCAUUUCACCGGAGCGCUGCGGCAGGUGCAGCCGUCAUGUCUGAGGAGUAGUAUUGGUGCGACUGACUUCAAACCCAUCAACUGGGAGCAGAUCGGUGGACUAGAGGAGGUCAAACUCAAACUCAAACAGAGUAUCGAGUGGCCCAUGAAGUUUCCAGAAGCUUUCAUGCGGUUGGGUAUUUCUCGUCCCAAAGGAGUGCUGUUGUAUGGACCGCCAGGUUGUGCAAAGACCAAGUUGGUGAAAGCAGCUGCCUCUUCAUCGCACUGCACCUUCCUCUCCCUCAGUGGGGCGGAACUCUUCUCUCCAUAUGUGGGAGACUCUGAAAAAACACUAGCACAGUUGUUUGUUCAGGCACGUGCAUGCGCUCCCUCUAUCGUGUUUCUGGAUGAGAUUGACAGUAUGGUGGGUUCUCGAGCAGACAGCGGUUCCUCUCACAGUGUACAGUCGCAGGUUCUGUCUGUUCUGUUGACUGAGCUGGACGGGGUGGGGUUUCGAACCCUUGAGAGACGGAGUAGCAGAAAGGUUGUUCAGUUCGAAGGAGGAAAACAGGAGGAAACUAGACUGCAUCAGAUGGAACUCCAGGAAUUGUGUAACAAGGAUGUUUUGAUUGUGGCUGCCACUAACAGACCGGAUGUUCUGGAUAGCGCAUUGCUCAGACCCGGUCGACUCGACCAAAUUAUAUAUGUACCACCUCCAGAUAUUGAGGGGCGUCUGGCUGUGCUGCGUAUCUGCACUGAGCGUAUUCCUCUUCAUCAGGAUGUGUGUUUACAAGAUCUGGCUGCUCGAACGGAUCUCUUCUCUGGAGCUGAUCUAGAAAAUCUGUGCAAAGAGGCUGCUCUUUUAGCCUUGCGUGAAGAUGGUUUCAGUGUUUCCUGUGUGGAGCAGAAGUACUUCCUGAGAGCUCUUCAGAGUUUGACUCCUUCAUUGAGUCCUGAACAACUGAAGCAAAACAUUCAUUCAACUCUCUAUUAAAAAUGAUAUAUUAUUAAAUAUUUAUGGAAUAAAAUCAUUGUGUUUAUAAUUUGUGUUGUGCUUUCCUAUUUUCAUUCUUAAUAUUACAGCAGUUUUAUUCCUUUUAAAGGGACAGUUCACCCAAAAAUGAAAAUUCUCUCAUCAUUUACUUAACCUCAUGCCAUUUAAGAUGUGUAUGACUUUCUUUCUUCUGCUGAACACAAAUUAACAUUUUUAGAAGAAUAUUUCAGCUCUGUAGAUCCAUACAAUGCAAGUGAAUGGUGACCAGAACUUUCGAGCUAGAAACAUCAUAUGAAGGCAGCAUAAAAGUAAUCCAUAAGUGGAUAACUCCAGUGAUUUAAUCCAUGUCUUCUGAAGUAAUCUAUUUGGUUUUGGGUGAGAACAGACCAAAAUGUUACUCCGCAGUCUACUUGGCAAUUAUGAUUUCAAGCUCGAUUACACUUCCUAGUUCGCCAUCAAGUGAUUCCCCUCUCCUCUCUCAUUAAAGGUUCCAGGUUCAAUACAAGUGAAGCUCAAUUGACAGCAUUUGUGUCAUAAUGUUGAUUACCACAAAAAUAAUAAUUUUGACUUGCCCCUCCUUUAAAAAACAGCAAAAAUAUGUUACAGUGAGGCACUUAUUAGUAAAUGUUAAAAUACUCACUAGUUCAAAAAUAUAGCCACAUGAUGUAAACAAUAUGUGGGUUAACUUGAUUUUAGUGUGAUAAAAUCACUUACUAACUGCAUCUGUGUAAAGUUAUAGUCAGUUUUACAACUUUGUUGCCAUAACAAUGUAAUGGACAAACCCUAAAACAGCUAAAACUGACGACUUAAAAACAACAACAAAAGAAUGAACGUAAGUGCUUUUAUAAAACUAUAAGCUUCACAUUUCUGUCUUUAAACCUUCCAAAAAUAGACCCCAUUCACUUCCAUUGUAAGUGCUUCACUGUAACCUCGAUUUUUGCUUCUUUUUUUUAAAGAAAAGGACGAGUCGAAUAUUUUAUUUUUAUAUUUGUGUGGUAAUCAAUAUGCCACAAGUGCCGUCUAUUGAGCUUAACUAGUUUUGAAGCCAAAAUAUGAUUUUUGGUCAGCAGGUGGCACAGACAGUACAGUGCUCUAGACAUAGUUUCAGUUUCAAGUUGAAGUGUAUGAUGGUGUAAAUAUGUGACGAAUUGAUGCGUCUCUGUGUACGUGCCAUUGAACGCGUUUUGGAUGUGUUUAUAUGCGCGUGCAGUCAGAAUGAUACUGCAUCUUCAACUCAACUUCAUCACAGGAUAGCUCAUAGCAGGUGAAAGAUGUCUGGAUUUCUACAAAUGCUCAACAAGAGGAAGGAGCACUUGGAGCAGUAACAGCCUCAAUUUACUUUUUAUUCACCAAACCUGAUGUCAUUUUAAACAAGACCAGAAACCCUGAGCCCUGGGAGAGACUCGAUCCAUCAAAACCACAGAAGCUAAUAACUAUUAACCAGC